AUGGGCUACGCGAGUCUGAGAAACAUCUUUGGCAACGGCCUCAAGGCUGGCCAACCGCCCACGAGGUACUCGAGGGUCAAGUCCGAGGACCCCCUUGACCCGGAGAUGCCACAUGGCCUUUGCCGCUGCUCUGCUCGUCGCCACCGCGAGGCGUGGAAGUCGCCUCUGCGCGUGUUCGCGUAUGCGCUGCUCACGUCCGUCAUCACUUGCCUCAUCAUGUGGAGCUUUCCACCCAACUGCAAGCGCGGCGCGGGCGGCGAGGGCCCGUUGCUGAAGACGCCCGUACCCGAAUUCCCCAAGGAGAUCCGCAUGUUUGAGCUCGACAUGACGUACGCGGACCCGCCCACGCCGGAGAACGACAAGGCGUGGAACGACCUCUUGCCUUUUGGUCGCGGCUACGUGUUUGUGGACAACGCCGCCGAGUAUGGUCUCGAGCCCGGCAUCGAGACAGAGUACGGCGAGAUCUACUCGGUCGCGCUGUAUCACCAGAUGCACUGCCUGGGCCUCGUGCGCCGCAACUUCUGGCGCCUUGUCGACGGGAUCCUCAACAACAGGCCCGGGGUUGCCGACGAGGCGCGUGCCGAGAUCCAGAACUCGCACACGGGGCAUUGCUUCGACUACUUCAGGCAGAGCUUUGAGUGUUCUGCCGACAUGACCCUCGAGUGGCCGCGCACCGAAACGGAUGGCCGUAGGUACCAGGUGGACGGCGGACACAUUCCCCACGUGUGUGCCAGCAGGAAAGCGCUCCAGGAUUACAUGGACUAUGCGCACUUUAACAACUCCCACAACAAUGACAUUGCCGCAUAGAGUGCAUGACAGACUGCACGGGACUUGGGUAGUGACUGACGGCGCUUGGAGGAGGGUGGCUCUGUGCAGAGGGGUUGUAGCCAGACACGAUCGAGUAGUACGGAAUCAGACUGCAGUUAAGAC